CUGCUUGUUUCUCUAAUCUAUACAGCUUUGGCUCUCCUUGAUCCUUGCUAGGACGGCCGCCCUGCUCUGCACGAAUACCCAAAUGAGCGACGGACGGUACGUCUUGAUCGCAACUGCAGCAGCUGCUGCUGCUUGCCAGUGUCACCCAUCUACCUGCAGCACCAUACAAAAACGAUGUAUCCGACAACCCUAUUUCUACUUCUUGACGCCAGCUGUUUUUGACCUUCGUGCGCGUCCUUUGUUCUCUUCGUCUUCGCUGACCGGCAUCGGACACCCUUGUCUGUUUCUUUUUUCACCUCUCCGCUCUCGGACUUCGGUCCUGUAUCGAGCAACGAGCCCGAAGGGACAUGGCUCACCAUUACCUUUCUUCAUUUAGAUGCCAAAUAGUCGGCAUUUCUCAUCGUCGUUGUCGGAGUA